AAUCUCAUUGGUUGUCAACUGACCCCUCACCCCUCGAACUCCAUCGAUCAUCCAUUCAUUUCUCGCGGAGAACGACGGCAAUGAAGUUAUGAAUUGGAUUUGCAGUCCGAUAUCUGAUUGUUUAUUCUCAUGUAUUUAUAUUUCGUUAAAAAAGCAAUAGCGCGCUAUAUUUGAACCAGCCGAACUUCAUAAAUUCCCAUUCUUUCGUUUAAAACGCUGUUCCUCAUGUUUGUAUACCUGUGUGUAAAAAAUUAAAGUUCACCAGAAGGAACAUUUUUCAAGCAAUAUAAUAGAGAGCAGCUCUGUUUUUCCUUGUCUAACAACACACCACGGAUUUACCUCGAAAAUACAAGCGCUGACAAUGUAGACUGAGGAGUUUUCGGAGAUUUUCCAACUUUAGAACUUUUUUCUUCCAUGGAAUUUCUGCCUUGGACAACUGAUAGCCGGCGCUAAAUGUUUUAGAAUGUGAUUAAGUAGAGUCUCUGUGUGUUUGUGUGGAAACUUUGGAAUCAGACAUGAGGGAUAUAACCCUGUAUAUCUGUCUAAGUCUGUGUCUCCUGGGAGGACAGGCAGGCGGAAGCAGUUUGGCCAUUGGUUCAGAGGCCAAAAGGAAAUGUAAAGAAGCCAAUAAAGUAUGUCCAAAAGAGGAGGUAUGCGCAAUACAGCAUUUGCAAUGGCCAAUGAAUAUGUCAUUUCCGGUGUGUGUACCAGCGCAAUAUGUCAGAGUAAAAAUGAGGAUAUGUGAUCUUCCACCCCAGCCUGGGGACUGUGGCGCUAGAUAUCUGAGAUGGUUCUACAAUAAGAACAUCAAAGAAUGUACAUUGUUCUUCUUCCAAGGUUGUCGAGGCAACCAGAACAAUUUUCGAAGCAGGGGAGAAUGUGAAGAAAACUGUAUUGCACAUUUUGACAAUAGCAUUAAAAAAGCUAAAACAAACUUUCAUCCUGUUCGAAGUCCGAGAAUAGUGACCGAACGACUGGUCGGAGACCAAGCAGUGGUCAGUGAGAGCAAUAACAUCCCUUUAGCAUCCGUUCGGUCAAGGACUGCUGACCCGCAUCAAAAAGAAUUGCGGAGAAAACGGAGGCUUGAGAGGAAGAAGUUACGACAACUAAAGAGGAACAAAAGAAAGGGAAGGAAAAGACGGCGGGAUGGCAAGGGUAAAAAGAAAGGAAAGAAGAGAAAGAACAGAAGAAGGAAGAACAAAAACAAAAGGAGAAAAAACAAAAAGAAAAAGCGAAAGAAGAACAAAUCAAACCCUACGACGGAGAGGCCCAAAAUUGAUUUGUCUAAUAUGGAGACAAAAUCAAAAUCUAUCAAACCUAAGGACUUCGAACUGAUAUCUAUUAUUGACAAAACAAAGGAUACUAUGAAGUCCAACAUUGAAAAAAUUAAAGCUAAAGCAGAUCGCGAAAAGGAGUGAUAGAUAGUUCCCGUGGAGUGAUAGAUAGUUCCCGUGGAAGCAGCUGGCAAACACAUGUACUUGUGUUGACAACAGACACAACAUGCAAUUUCGAUGACAGAUUAGUUGCUCACGUGAUCGUAGACAUCUUCGAGAAAUGUUGAGGAGAAUGCAUCACGUAAAGAGUCGAGCAUAACAUGACACAUAGCUAAUAUCAAUUCUGUGGUGAAACUGUUUUGUAGAUCUUUUAACAUGUACAUGGUAUUUAAACCAUAUCAAAAGCGUCCUCUUCCAUGUAAACGACGUAUUUCGUUGUAUAUUGAGUGUACUGUACAUGGUUUGUAUAAGUAUUUAUAAGGGCAUUUUUGCAUGUCCAGUAUUUUCCCUAUUUUACUCUGUGAGAAAAUUUGUUGUUACUUUAAAGUGUUAUCGUAUAUAUAUAACAUUUGUUGUAAAUAUUUCAUUUAAUCACGAUUAAGCGUUGUAUAAAUUACCAUUAUACACUGUAUUUGUAUAUAAUAAUCAACCGAGUUUUGUAUUGUUAUCUCUAUGAUUAUUUUUGGUAUCAGAUCAAAACUUUGUAAUGGUAAGCAAUCAUUUCUGUUACUCUACAGGUGUUUCUGUGCGCUUGUUUCACUUUAUAGUAAAUGUAUUUGGAAAGUUUUGGAGACACUUGGACACAAAUUUCAAUACAAGUUUGACAUUCGAAACAUACAUACCACAUAAUAAUCAAAACAGUUUUGAACCAGUGUUUAAGGCCAGUUCUGCACCAUUGUUAAAGAAAAAUAAUAAAUGUUAUUUGUAUGAUCA